UCCGAUAUAAUAGAUUUAUUGUUUACUUGCAGAUCUGGCCCAGAUCCGCGCCCUGGUGGAGUCAACAGGAAUGCUGGCCGGUUCGACAUGUCCCUCCUGCGAGAUGCCAUUUGAUAAAGGCAAGAAACGCCGGCUGAUUGAUUCCUGCGGGCAUGAAAGGUGCUACUCCUGUCUUUUCCGAAGCGAGGCCUGUCCUAUUUGCCGGCACGAUGCUCCAGAUCGUCAAAUCCGAGAAGAUGUAACUCAUUACGACACCGGGUUCAGCUCCUCCGAACCGGUAUCCAUGAUCGCGAUUGACGACUGGAAUGACAACGAGGAUCCCUCGGCGGUUAAUUCCCUUUGCAGCAGUCCACUCCCAAAGCCCAAAUUUUCGCGAUCAAACAUCGUGUACCGUUCACACGGCCAAGACGUCGGGAAAGGUCCUAAGGGCAAGCCACCAGUUCUCCCGGAGUCGGUCACGUCAAGGCACAAAUCACAUAUGGCAGCAACCGUCAUGUCAAUUUAUCAUGAGCCUCUUCCUCUUGCUCUUUACUUGAGCGUAGAAAGCAUCUAUCAUGAAUCCCGUACCGUUGAGAGCGUUAAUCUAUCAUCCAACACCUGGUACCUGGUACCUGGUACCUGGUACCUGGUGCCUGGCUGUCCAACGCCACCGAACCAGCGGCGGAGGUUCUUUCUCAAUCCUAAAGGUCUUCGCAGCCCGUUUGCGUCACAGAGAGCCAAAAAAUGUAGCCCCGUUGAUGUUGAAAAUCCAUCAGCGCUGUCAGCUUGGAUGACAAAUUCCUGGGAAGGAACAUCAAAAUGGCCGGGAGUCGUGCUCGGGAAGAUAAAAUCACUUUGGAGCACAAGCCAGGGGACUGCCAAUGAUGGAUUGAAUCAGCUCAUUGAUCCGCCAAUCAAAGAUGACAGGCUGACAAGACUGGUGACCCCCACUAGAAAUGUCACCGACAUUACAGGCAGCCAGCAAUUUGCAUCCAAUCGUGGAACAACAGGCAGGAGAUUUUAUUCUCGUCGUCCAUUUGUUGUGAUUCCAGAUGAUGAAGGAGGAAAUGUUAAGCCUCUGUCGACGAAAACCCGGAAAUCCUCGCAGUCUGACCUCUACAUGCGACUGGGUCUACUCCUAGGUUCGAACAAUUUGCGAACAAACUCUUCUGUCGAUACGACAGACUUUCCUGGAACAAAUCGUCUUCCUUCGGCAUCGGCAUGCGUGAGACCGGCGACCCGUUUGGAGCCGCGGGGUCACGACACCUCGUUCAGCAGCCUGACUAGCUUUGACCAGCAGACGAUGGCGUCGACGAACACCAGCCCGGUGUCGACUCUGACCGGAACCUCCAGCGAGGCGGAAGUGGCCGCCGCGUUGAGGACUUCCAGCUGUAAAACCAAAGGAAAGUCCAAAAUAAAGGGAAAACGUGACUGUGAUUCAGCAGGAAGCUUAGCCUCGAUAUCGACCUCCAUUUCAGCAUCAACCUCCAUGUCAAUGUCCAUGUCAGUUUCGGUGUCUGGACUUUCUAAUGGCAGUAGUUCGAGUCCCCUGACGUCGCGCCGUCACUCAAAUGUUGCCCAUCAAGAGCCAGAUGACAACACAGCUCUGAAUAAGCGUCGUUCUUGCGCAAGGCGAACCGCCCGUAAUGGAAAUGUUAAACCAAUCGAUUCAAAAUUACGAUUUGUUACUCCUCACUUGACAGCUCAACUCACCCUCAAGCCUUUGUUCUUCGAAGUACCGUUGAUCGAAAGGGAUCCUUUGUUCACCGGAAGAAAUUGGCUGCUCAAAGAAUUGGAGACCGUUGUUAAAGGCUCUAGUCCCGGAGUUUUGGUGACCGGUUCGCCGGGAACCGGUAAGACCGCUUUGAUUCUUCAGCUCGUUGAGUACAGCUGCUUUGGUCGACGAAGAGAGCAAUCUCUAAGCCUAGAAAUAGCUGAAUGUGACGAAGAUCUCCCGGAUAAGCAGAUGCCAAUCGCUGGGUUUGAGCAGAGCAUCAAGAAUACCAACGAUAAGAUCCGGCAAUUAGCUGCCCACGUGGUUGCUUAUCACUUCUGCCAGGCGGACAAUAAUAGCACGUGCCUUGUACCAGAUCUCAUUCACUCCCUAGCUGCGCAAUUGUGCCAAGCACCCCAAUUGAUUGCCUACCGCGAGUAUUUGCUUUCCGAGCCCCAUCUUCAGGGGUCUCUUUCCCAACGAGAGUGCACCGUUGAUCCGGAUUUAGCUCUGUCGCGUGGCAUCAUUGAACCGAUGUUGAGUCUCCGAAAGUCUGGAAGACUGCCAGAAGUCAAUAUGGUAAUCCUGAUUGACGCUAUCUGUGAGGCCGAGUACCACCGCCCUGAUCGGGGUGACACGAUAGCUUCAUUCUUGACAAGACAUGCACCAAACUUUCCCAGCUGGUUAAAAAUCGUCUGCACUGUAAGGACUCAACUGCGUGAAUGCGCGAAACAGUUCCCUUACACGAGGCUCACCUUGGAUAAAAACGCAAAUGACCCGGCCGGCAGCAAUGUAUCGCGAGAUUUGGCGGAUUACAUAAACUACAGAUGCAUACAGAGUCCUGCGAUACAGGCGAACGUCACUGCUUCCAUUAAUGGAAAGGAGUCCUCCUGCGGCGCCAAUCAGACGCGAUUCGCUUCACAUUUACUGUCGUUAGCCGGCGGAAGCUUUCUCUUUGCCAAACUCACGCUUGAUCUCAUUGAAAGUGGCCAUCUCGUCGCUAAAUCCGCUAGCUACAAGGUUCUUCCAGUGUCGCUGGCCCAAAUCUUUCAGCUACAUUUCAAUCUUCGUUUUCCCACUGGGACAUCCUUCGAGAAGAUCCAACCACUUUUGGGCGUUUGUUUGGCUGCACUCUACCCGCUAACUCUACCAGAAAUUUUCUACUCUGUUAAUUCGCUGUACACUGACCAGUUUGUUUCGUGGGAGGAUUUUCUCCAGAGGUUCAAAAUGCUUUCUGGAUUCCUGGUAAAACGGCUGGAUGACACGUACAUGUUCUUCCACCCAAGUUUCAGGGAAUGGUUGAUCAGGCGUGAUGAUGGCGAGUCAACAAAAUUUCUCUGUGACCUCCGACUGGGCCACAGCGCAAUAGCAUUCCGUCUGUCUCGUCUGGAGGCUCCGUUGGAUGGGGACCGGGUCCUGGAACUGGGCCAUCAUGUUCUGAAAGCUCACGUUUACCGAGGCGUAACAUCAAGCUGGCCAUCGCGUGAUCUUCAAGCCUGGUGGAUCACAUCUUCAACAACCUGCGUUUCAUCAGCAUUGUGUACUCUCCGAAAUAUUUAUAGUCCCAACGUAAAAGUAUCAAGACUGCUCCUGCUGGCAGGAGCAUCUCCGAACCACAUCACCGAGUACUUGGGGAACGCUCCAGUGCUUUGUAUGUACGCCCACGAGGGUUCCGUGGAAAUGGUCUCGCUUUUGCUGGAGUUUGGCGCGGAUGUUGAGCUGACAAACAGUCAAGGUUGCACGGCCUUGUCUUUGGCAGCAUCGAGAGGUCACUGUGAUGUUGUCAGGCGAUUAGCAGCAGCUGGAGCUUCAUUGGGACACGCUGAUAUGGCGGGACAGUGUCCGCUGGUCCACGCAGCUCGCCAAGGAAGGCUUUCAGUGGUUGGAUAUCUUCUGGCUUGUGACUGGGUGCUUCAUCAAGAUCCUGAGGACACAUCCUCUGACACUUCUCGUGAAGAAGCUGCCCAGCAGGCGGUAGUCGCUGCAGCUUCUCAAGGCCAUGAAGCGAUAGUGGAAUACCUUCUGGACAUGGCAGAGGUGACUGUUGAUCGUCCAGACACCUUGAUCGGCGAGACUGCUCUGACCAUAGCCGCAGCUCAUGGAUCCACUGCUACAGUGUCAGCUUUGCUAGCUCGUGGCGCCAGUCCUCUGGCGACCAACGCCAAAGGACUGUUUCCACUGAUGCUGGCAGCUCGAGAAGGACACUGGGGAACUGCUGAAAGACUUCUCCAAUCCUCAGUUUCCACUUCAACGGAGGCGAAUCUUAACGAGGCGGCAGCUCUGCUGGAACAGAGAGACUCAAUGGGCCGCACUCCGCUGAUGAUGGCCGCUUGCGAAGGACACACCAAUCUCAUAGACAUGUUCCUUGAAAAAGGCUCCAUUUUGGAAGCCACUGACAAGGAAGGCUUGACUGCUCUAGGAUGGGCCUGCGUUAGAGGUCGGGUAGCUGCCGCUCAAAAUCUUAUUGAUCAUGGAGCUGACAUCAGUGCUAAUGACAAAACUGGUAGAACUCCUUUAGAUUUAGCGGCUUUUCAAGGGAAUCCAAAGUUGGUCCAAUUGCUCUUAGAGCGAGGAGCAGCCAUUGAGCAUGUUGAUCUCCAUGGAAUGAGGCCACUGGAUCGUGCCAUUGGCUGCAGGAAUAUUCCAGUAGUUCAGUGUUUCUUGAGGAGAGGAGCCAAACUUGGUCCCGCCACCUGGGCCAUGGCUCAGGGCAAGCCUGAUGUUCUUCUUAUUCUUCUGAACAAACUUCUGGAAGACGGCAAUGUCCUCUACCGCAAAGGGAGGCUUAAAGAAGCUUCUCACAGGUACGCGUAUGCACUCAGAAAGUUUCCUGGCUCUCCAGAGCUGCUGCACGAUCCCCAGAAUCAGGAGCAUGGAAAUGUUGUACUUCAUCGACAGUCUUUUAACCAACUCAAGCUCAACUUUUUGCUUAACCUAAGCAGAUGCAAGCGCAAAAUGAAUGAAUGCGAAGAAGCAAUCGAGCUAGCAGAUGAAGCUCUAAACACUAGGCCUUCUUCCUACGAAGCGUUCUACGCUAGGGCAAAAGCCAAGGUCGAUGUAGGUCAGCUAGAGAACGCUCUUACUGACGUCCAGGAAGCUUUGCAGAUCGCGCCGAUCAAUAACCGACAAGAUCGUCGCGUUCUCUGCGCUCUCAAAGAUGAAAUUGUAUCCCGCAUAGAGGGCACUGGGAUCGGGUGCAGUAAAACUGUCGCGGAUAUCACGAGGUCGCGAUUCCGCGCGUCCGUUGACACUUUGACGGAAUUAUAA